CAAGGAAGGAAGGAAGGAGGCGUGGGCGGUCACCGGGGAAAGAUUUUGCAAGCACCUUGUUUUGCACAAGUUUUCGCAUAAAUUCUGCCGGUACAUAUAAGGGGCAGAAUGGAAGUGAAAAACGAAGAAUCAAGCACGACCGGUGCGACAACCUCAACCGAGUAUGAGUGGAUGAUUCGUCCAUGUGAUCAAUACAUUGACGAAUUUAAAGAGUGCACAAGCAUCAAGGGUAGAUUUCAUCAGCACUUCAUAUUUGGAGAGCCUCUAGACUGCAGCCAGUGGAAAAAGGACUACAAUACGUGUCUCAAAUUAGAGAAAGACCCAAAAGCAAAGGAGGAGUUAAUAAAAAGUGAGAAGAUUCGAUAUGCUAAAAGAAUGAUUGGCCACGUGAAAAACGACGUAUGGGAAAACAGAGAAGCGCCGCCUGAAGAUUGGAGCAAGCCUUUGCCUGAAUGGAUGCAGAAAACUUUAGAUGGCACAUAUUUGGAUAUGAAAAACAAAGAAAUGAAAUCGAGUGAAGGCCGAUCUGUGUACGAAGAGAGGACGUUGUGUGUGAUCAUGUGAAAAGGUUCAAACUUUACAGUCAGUAAUUUCAGGAAAUAGUUAUUCAGUGAGUUUAUUUAUCAUUAAAAAUGAAAAUAAAAGGAAUUAAAAAUUUGAAGAAUUAAUGAG